AUGUCCGCCUUGUUGACUGAAUCUACUGCAGUUUUGAAAGAGCGUGCCGCUAAGGUGGGGUUGCCAGAUGAUGCAUUGCAACGGCUGCUUGACCAGGGCGUCGACACUCUGGCCAAACUGGCGUUUGCCCCUGGUCAUCCCGGGGAGUCCCCCAGUGACGAGAAACUCAAGGCCUUAGUUGCUCCAGUAGCUGUCCCCGGGGGUGCAGGAGGUGCCGAGCCCUCUCUUGGUACCGUCGCCGCGGUACGCAGGUUAGUCUUCGAAGCACAAACUUUGGUCGUCAAUGAGACCAAGUGCCUAGUUGAGAAUAAAGAAGAGCAGCCAAAAGAAUUGCCUCCAGCCGAACGGCGUGAUCGCCUGCAGAAACAAGCUGCCCGCCUUGCAGGUGUUGACUUGUCUGGUGUCAACGAGUGCUCGCAUGCAAGCUAUGACCUUUGCCUGAAGCUGAUUUCUGACAACUGUGUCUCGUAUCUUCAGCCUUCGAAGUUUACCUGCCGGCAGGCGGAACUGCGUAUGGAUAAGCCCCGCAAGGAACUUGAUGUCGCGGCCCCGGGCUCUUCCUCUUCCGUGCUCCUUAUCAAGGACCGCGCUGCAGAGCAGCAUUGCGACGUGACGCAUGCCCUUGAUCUGUUCCAGGCCCUGCAUCGUCGCGCGUUGGCCAUGGACCUUGUUGGCCUUAGCACGUAUGCUCGCGUGCAAGAGUGGAACUCUUUUCUUAUGAACCACCUACAGCAGCCUGUCCUGGCGGGAUACCGCAGCCCCACUGUUCAGCAACUCCUUCACGCUGAUAGAGCUGCCUGGGUCCGUUUGUCCGAGUUAACCCCAGCCGGGGUGCGUCGCAAGGCUACCGGUGAAUUGCCGUUGGAUAGCCUCUGGGCUGAUUUGCAGAAGGACCCGCGCGUAGUCUUUCACCUUUUGCCGCUUCCUGACUCUUCGGGCAAGCAUCCUGCGCCCGCCCCGCCGGGCGUUCCUGACCCCCCUGAGGGGCCUCUCAUCAUGGACACGAACCGGGAACCUGCGGCCCCUGUGGAAGAGGCUGCUGUGCCUGCUGGCUUGUUGCCGGUGGAGGUGUUGCCUGCCCGGCCUGAUGUUCCCCUUUCAGAAAGUGCAGCUCACCCUGGCGGUAGCAAGCAGCUGACUGUUUUCCAUGCUCUUGAAGUGUUUGCGGGCAGCGCUCGUCUCACUGUGGCCCUUCGUGCCGUGGGCUUGCAAGAUUCCUGUGGCGUCGAUCAUCGGAUCCCCAGGCGUUGCCCUUGUCCCAUGGUCAAACUUGAUCUCACUCGUGAUUUUGAUGUACAGCUUUUGCAUGAUAUGAUCGACAACCCUUUUUGUCUUUAUGUGCAUUUUGCACCACCGUGUGGCACGAGCUCCCGUGCUCGCCUGAUCCAAGAGACCGAUCACGAUCCCGAACCGUGUCGGGAUGAUACCUUUCCUGAUGGCCUACCCGGGCUUCCUGACCGUUUGGCUCAACGUGUGGCUGCGGCCAACCGCCUCUAUGGCGUGUCCGCUGCAGCCCUGAAACGGGCGGUUCUUGCCGGCAAGCUUGUCAGCUGCGAGAAUCCCCUGAAUUCUUUCAUGUGGCAGACCACUGCGUGGCGUCAGGGCACCUCCGGUCUGUCCUUGCGGGAAGCUGUGUUUGACCAUUGUUGCUACGGGGGCAGCUGCCCCAAGCAUACGUUGUGGGUGCACAACGUGCCAGCCUUCGACCAACUCAACCUGACAUGCCCUGGCGAGUCCGCCUCCCAUAAGCAUCUGCCUUGGGGUCGUGUGUCUAAGUUCCGCUAUGCUACUAGUGAGGAGACCGCUUACCCGCUUGGGUUGUGCAAGGCGGUCGCCGCACUCCUGCUUGAGGAGCUCUGCCGGCGUGGGUUCCAGCUGCCUGCUCGUUCCCUGUCAGAUGAGGUUCGGCAGCAACAUAGAGCGGCCCAGGUCAGUCUCGGCUCCCAGCCCCGUGGCAAGAAGGUUGCUCCUAUGGUCGCUGAGUUCCGUGAUGUGGUCGUUGUGACAUCUGACCAUGACCUCUUGCCUGCUUCAGCCAAGCUGCCCGUGGCCGUGCCUGUUCCGCCCUCAGCCGCGUGUGACCCGCCUUUGCCAGAGCUGCCCAUGGGUUCUCGUAUAUUGCGUCGUGUUGCACUUGGGGGUGGAGAGACGCCGCGUUCUGGACCUUCAUCCCAGCCAAGCAGUAGGAAUCAGGGAAACCCGAACUGCCCCGUCGAGCAGUUCGCCUCUGUGUGCCUUCAACAGAAAACUAUCUUGGCUGAUGAUGUAACUCAGCUGUUCCAGCUCUUGAAGUCGGAUCGCUUGGCCAGAGGUGCUGGCCUGGAUGAUGAGUUUUCGUGGUCCACAGGGGCCUAUGCACAGGGAGGGGCUACCGGGGUUAGGACUAACCUGCGGCUCAACCCGGCUGGUGGAAUUUGGAUACACAAUGAGCUUGGGGACGUGCCCUGCCCAGAUCCGAACGUGCCUGACUUGAUGGGCUGUGAGCUGAAGUUCGAGUCCAACCGGAUCCUGUUUAACCCCCACCAGAAGCACUGUGCAAUGCCCAGGCAUGGGGCGACACGUGACAUACUUGUUGCCUACACCACCAAUCACACAGAUCGCUUGACUGCAGACCAAACGGCUGAGCUGCAGACGUGGGUUGGAGUACCGUGGACGUGCGAUGAAUUCAUCGAGCAAGCGCUUGAGGCUAAGCACCCGCGUCUUAUGAGUUCGGGAGUUCCACCUGAGUUGCAGCAAACGAUUGACUUCUUGGCGUCGGAGGGCAUGCACACCGUUGGUGCCAGUAGGACUGAAGCUUUACGUCAGUGGCUAGGGCGAGCCGCAGAGCUCGACGAGCAAGAACGUGUGUAUAAGGAGACACUGCCCAAGCACUGUGCGAAAACCUUGAGCAAGAAAAGGCUGCUUCUUUUCGGCGAGAUGAUUGAGGCUGCCGGCCACAAUGAUCCGUCGUUGGUUGCGGAUAUGUCUAAGGGUUUUGCUUUAGGAGGCCCGAUCCCCUACUGCCCUGAGUUCCGCGCUAAGCGUACAGCUGCCACCAUGGCGGUCGAUGACCUGCGAGGGUCAGCACAACGAAUGCGGAAGGGCAUCCUAAACUCCACCAAGAGCUCAGGCGAUGAUGUGGUGGAUGCUGAGACUUACCGAGUCACCUUGGACGAGGUGGAGCGGGGGUGGCUGGACGGGCCGCUGAAAGAGAGCGACUUGGGGGCCAGCUCUUUGUUGACCAGGCGCUUUGGCGUUGUGCAGAAUAACAAAACACGGCCCAUCGAUAACUACCUUGAAAGUGGUUUGAAUGCCACAUCUUCAUCGUACGACACAAUCACCGUGCACACCGCCGACUGCAUAGCAUCAGGUUUGGCCCGUCGACUGAGGGCCGAUGCAAAGUGCAGGUUGCACCAACUUCUCUUGAAGUCCUGGGACCUUCACCAGGCCUACAAAAACCUUCCACUAUCCCUGGAGGCGCUGGAGGACAGUUUCUUGUGCGUCUACGACCCAAAAGGGAAAUGUCCCCGAAUUUUCCGACAAAAGGUUCUUCCGUUUGGAUCACGGCACAGUGUGCACGCAUUUUGCCGGGUGUCACUAAAAAUAUGGAAAGUCCUUGUAGUGCUGUUCUUGUGCCACAUCAACGUUUAUUUUGACGACUUUGUGGGUGUGGAGCUGGCUCCUCUGGCCCGCCUCUUCGACAUUGGUGUUUGCCUAGUAUUCCGCUUGUUGGGGUGGGAUGUCGCCGAAGACAAAGAAUCUGUGUUCGACUCCUGUGCAAAAGUGUUGGGGUUGAAGUUCGACUUGUCUGAAUCCCGUCUCGGACGUAUCACUCUGUGUAACACGGAGUCGAGGCGAGACGAGAUCUUCGAGGCCUUGUCCGACAUCCUCUCGUCUGGUUACCUCACGCAAAAGGAUGGCGAGCGCAUCAGGGGCCGACUCCAGUUUGCUGAAAACCAGAUAGCUGGAAAGGUUGCUGGAACAGCCUACAACCAACUGUCGCGGUUUGUGCAACGAGGGGGAGGACACCUGGAUGAGUGCACCAGGGUAGCCCUACUAAGGUUGCGCGAUCGAGUCAACUUCUCACCGCCCAGGGUGAUCUGCGCCAACAUCUUGACUACCAUGCAUCUUUAUGUCGAUGCCUCUUGUGAGGGUGAUAACAUAGGCUUGGGUGGUGUUCUUGUUAAUGAAGUGGGUUCGAAGAUGGGCUUUUUCAGUGACCGCGCGUCUGAGCAUGUGAGACGUCGCAUGAAUCCUGAGAGCGGCAACCCCAUUUUCGAGUACGAAUGCUUAGCCAUCCUUGUCGGACUCAGGUUGUGGGCUCCGCUCAUUCGCAGUACCAACCUCGUUGUGUUUACUGACAACGAGGGUGCCCUGGCCUGUAUGGUUGCCGGAAUUUCAAGCAACAAGUAUGGAGAAGCGAUUGCUCAGCAUGUUCAUGUGCUGUGUGACGAGCUUGGGCUUAACAUCUGGUUUGAACGCGUGAACACCUGCUCAAACGUGGCAGAUGCCCCCUCACGCGGCUCUAAAGAUCCGGAGCUGGGCAAAGAAUUCACGAUCGAUCUUGAUACACUCGUUGAUCACGCCUUUGAGUCUUGGGGGUUGUGA